AGCUUGGGAAAGCUCAUAGAUAGUACAGUGUGGCCGACUUUCCUGCUCAGUGGCAAAAUACAGUGCGCGUGGAAAUACAUUUGAUUGAAUAGGUAUAUCCAUUGGAUAGAGAGGAAUAACGUUGCUUUUUGACUAUGGCUGAUGUCACGCAAUUCAACGAGGGGACCGGGGACAUCGCGAAAGGGUUCGCUCGUAAAGGUGCUUUGAGGCAGAAGAACGUCCAUGAAGUAAAGGACCACAAAUUCACUGCGAGGUUCUUCAAGCAGCCGACUUUUUGUAGCCACUGCACCGACUUUAUCUGGGGAUUUGGAAAGCAAGGAUUCCAGUGCCAAGUUUGCUGUUUCGUGGUCCACAAGAGGUGCCAUGAGUUUGUCACGUUCUCUUGCCCCGGUGCGGAUAAGGGUCCCGACACAGACGACCCCAGAACCAAGCACAAGUUUAAGAUCCACACCUAUGGCAGCCCCACCUUCUGCGACCACUGUGGCUCUCUCCUGUAUGGUCUCAUCCACCAGGGGAUGAAGUGUGACACCUGCGACAUGAACGUGCACAAUCAGUGUGUGAUGAACGUGCCCAGCAUGUGUGGGACGGACCACACCGAGAGGAGGGGACGCCUCUACCUGAAGUGUGAGGUCACAGAGGACAAGCUGCAGGUCACAGGGACUCCUGAAACAACCUGCAAACCAGGCUGUCGUCUUGUGAAACAGUGGAUGUAAAGAAUCUAGCUAGCUAAAGCAUUUACUGCAAAUUAAAUGUACAAUUUUGUAUGCUUGCCUUGCUGAUAUUUGCCAUGCAAUGCAGAUAGAUGAAUAAGGUAGCUAGCUAGGUUCUUGCUUAUUGUGCAGUGGAGGAUAAAAAUACCUGUAUGCCUAUGGAUGUUUAGAAGGCUACCUAGCCGAUCUGUGUAUGGACCCAAACGUUUGGUAUACAUAUUAAUUCAGAACCUAACUAUGAACCUCAGCUAUGAUAGACAGUUGUGUCAACUUCAAAAGAGUGUGAAUUACAUUAAUGAAGCCUAUGGAUUGAAUUGAAUAUAAUAUAACUUUGUGCCAAGGAUGCAAGUCAUUUUUACAUGUAGUUAUUACCAUACAUGAUAUCCCCACAUUCUAGCCUGUACAUUUAAUAUAUUCACUGAUCAUGUACUCUACCUUGGCAAAUAAAGGUGCAGUUUAGGU